UUGAGCUUGCUUGAUCUAAUAAUUUUGUUGACAUGAAUUACGAUUAGACGUGUGUUAUUUGUGUGUCAUAGAAAUUGAAUGCACACUCAACAAAAAAAAUUAACUGGCUGACAGAGUAAAAAUGGCAUCAGGGGGCAGAUUUGUCCCUGCCACAGGGAUGACAUCGGCAGAGCUUUGUGAAUUUGAUGAUCUAUGUACAGGCAUGAUCUUGGAUCCUUAUCUUGGCUUUAUGACACAUAAAAUGAAUAUUAGAUUUUCACCAUUAAGUGGCCAAGAAGAGUUGAAAAAAAUUGUGGCACGUUUUAAAAUCUCAAGGAAUUAUGAAGCCACACUAAAAGCUUUGAUUGAAGUUGACUCUGCACGCACAGCUCCUUACAGGCGAACUAACCAUCAAAAGAAAUUGCUAGAAGAACAUACAUAUCGCUACCUUCAGAUGUUUGACUUUAUUUCUGGGUUUGAAGUUCUGCCUUGUUAUAGAUACUCUAUGGAAGGGCGAAUUGGAGGCAAGCUUUGUGCUACAAAACAUUGGCAUAAAAAUGACAAGAUUGAAAUGCUAGUGGGUUGUAUAGCAGAACUUAGCUCCAAAGAAGAAUCCCAGCUUUUAAAGACUGGGAAAAAUGACUUUAGUGUCAUGUACUCUUGUAGAAAAAACUGUGCCCAGCUUUGGCUUGGGCCAGCUUCAUUUAUUAAUCAUGACUGCAGACCCAAUUGUAAGUUUGUUUCUACUGGGAGGGACACAGCCUGUGUAAAAGUGUUGCGUGAUAUUCAGCCAGAGGAAGAGAUAACAUGCUUUUAUGGUGAAGAUUUUUUUGGAGACGGCAACUGCAUGUGUGAAUGUGUCACAUGUGAGAGGCGUCACAUGGGGGCCUUCAGACCUAAGCAACCAGUGAACCUGUCCUCCCAGAAAGGGUAUAGUUUUAGAGACACUGAUGAUAGAAUCAACAGACUCAAAGAUAAACCAUCAGAGAACCAGCCUAAUUUUUCUGGAGUUAUUGUUACACCCAGUGAGUCUUGGGACAACAGAGCUAAGAAUAUGGAAUCUCAGUCACACCUUCUAACACCAGCAGAGCUAAAAAAGCGCGGCAUCACCCGAUAUGACGCUGAAAUCAUCAUCUCCAAUGGCUUGCCUCUACCAGAGCCACCAGACCCAGGCAAAUCUCAGAUAUCCUCACCUGGCAGUGUUCUAUCAGAUUCUAAAUAUCUACGCAGCUCCUCAUUAUCUAUAAGUAGAAAUGACUUUGAAAAGAAAAAUUCACACUUAAAUAUACGAAAAGAAGUUUCUAGUAAAAGCAGCUCGUUAGGAAAAUCGAAUAGUUCAAGCAAGCGAAGGAGCCCGCGGAAAAAAUACUGCUCACAGAACAAAAUAAAACAUUCCCCUGAGGUUGUUAAAGUAAAGCAAGAACCGUUAGAAGUUGAUGAUGAUAUAGCGAACAAAAAACUUGGUUUAGAUGCUUUAACAAUAAAAGAUAAGUUUUUAGAUUGCUCGACACCUAUAAGGAAAAAAUUGAAAUUAGAAUCCAGCAGUGAUCCGACUGCAGAUGAUGGGUAUGAAUAUACUGAUGCUGAACUGCGCAGUCAUAAUUUGAGUGACUUUUUAGACAAUUCGCCUUCGUUAAAAAAGCACAAAGACAGGUUAGGAAAUGAGCUAAUGAACCACUGUAGGCUAAGGGAUCAAAGAACAGAUUCAUCAGAUAGCAGUUUGCCACCCCUCAUUCCAAUUGAAGCUCAGUCAUCUUCACUGAAACAAAGGGACCAUUUCUCACCAGCUGGCUCCCUUAUCAAAGCCCCUUCAACACCUGUAAGGCAGAGCCCUCGCUUACACGGGCAGCAAAAGCCUUACCCCGGCUCUAAAAACUUUUUAGGAGAAAAACAUGAAAGAGCAGUUCACUUGGCCAAGGAGCUGAACUCUCUAGUAGCAAAGGCAUCAACAUUCGCUCAACGCUUGACGGAUCUUGUUAUGGAAUCAUCUUUAAAUGACGGUAAUCAGACAUACCAAGACCCUCCUGUUCUAGAACCAGAGGCUCCUAUCAUUUCCCCUUCUGUUUCAAGGAGGUCUUCCGACGAUAGCGCUGAUACAAUAUUUUCUAAUCUUAUUGAUCCAACAGCCCCAGACCUGCAUUUAUCUCACCGCAGGUCGAAAUCUGUUGAUGAAGACCAGUUUGAUAGUGUCUCUAAACCCUUCUGUUUACUUAAUCAUUCUAGGAAUGGUGAAGACUUGUUUUCUAAGUCUGAUGGGUUUAGAUACCGCAGGCGGAAUAGCACAGAUGAGUAUGGGAAACCACCCUUGUUAAUGAAGAAAGACAAUUUUGAUAACGGUAAAGAAGUUUUGACUAGAAUGGACCUCCACCCAGAGCUUUUGAGUAGCCACAUACUUAACCAUUGCAGUGUAAAAGAAGACACUUUCUUGAAAAAAUCCUCAGCGAAAGAUCAAAGUAUAAAGAGAGUUCAGGGAAAAAGUGGAAGGCAGCCUAAGAUAAUUUUUAGAAUGAAACGUGACCCUGAGCUUAAGAAACAGAUACGUGCGGAGAACGCCCACUGCCCAAACUCCAACCUGCAGUUUAAAUGGGACGAUGACAGCGAUGGAGACCCAGGGUUUUCCCCUCCUCAUCGAGGGGCCUCUAUAUGUCCUGCCAAGGACAUUGGUAACAGCACUGGGAAUAGAAAUAUUUUUGAAAAGAUGAAACAUGGAACUCUUCACGCGAGCAGCUCUGAUUCCAUGCUGUCCACUUCACUUUCAUCUAACGAAACCAGCGCGCGUAGAAAAGUCCGGAAAGUUCGUCUGAAAAUGAUUGACACAUCAAUACAUUUUGAUCUCAUCUCACCAUCAGCUAGUCCCCCAAAGACUUGAACAAUGCCUCUCAUGGAAUGUAACGUUUGUAGAUGUUUGUAUCUAAUCAAUAAUGGUACCUAAGUUAUUUAUUUUAUGUAAAUAUUUUCUUUCUCUCCACAUUUAAAUCUCGGUACGAUCGUGAGCUGUUGCAUGAUAAAAAUUGUUGCUUCACCUGUUUAAAUAAUUACAGAUACAACUUUUGCACUUUUAUAGGUCUAGAUUUUCACCUUUUAUUUUAAA